CCAACUGGUUCUGGGAUACAAGAUGGCCGACAAGAAAGACUCAGGAAGUGAUGACUGUUCUGAGGACGCCGUGGUGGGAAAUGUUAACAAGUUCUGUGUGGUGCCGCCGGGGUACAACUCCCAGCCACGCAGGGGACACCUCAUCUUCGACGCCUGCUUCGAAAGCGGUAACCUGGGCAGAGUGGACUACAUCACAGAGUUUGAGUAUGACUUGUUCAUCCGACCUGACACCUGUAACCCUCGCUUCAGGGUCUGGUUCAACUUCACCGUGGAAAAUGUCAUGGUCGGACAGAGGGUGAUCUUCAACAUUGUGAACUUCAGCAAGACCAAGAGCCUGUACAGAGAAGGGAUGUCACCACUGGUCAAAUCUACCAGCAGGCCGAGAUGGCAAAGGGUGCCGCCAAAGAACGUGUACUACUACCGCUGUCCGGACCACCGCAAGAACUACGUCAUGUCGUUUGCCUUCUGUUUCGACCGUGAAGACGACGUGUAUCAAUUCUCGUACUGCUUCCCGUACACGUACACACGACUGCAGAGCUACCUGGAGGCCAUCGAGAAGAAGAACCUGGACUACUUCAACAGGGAACUACUGUGCCUUACUGUGCAACAAAGAAGACUGGACCUUCUCACCAUCACUGCACCUGAAAACUUGGAUCCAGAUGAGAACCAAAGAGUUGUAUUUGUGACGGCGCGUGUGCACCCUGGAGAGACGCCUGCGUCUUUUGUUUGCCAAGGUUGGAUAGACUUCUUGGUGAGCCAACACCCCAUAGCUCGAGUCCUUCGACAGCACCUUGUGUUCAAGAUCGUCCCUAUGCUCAACCCCGACGGUGUGUACUUGGGAAACUACAGGUGUUCGUUGAUGGGUUUUGACCUGAACCGGCACUGGCAGGACCCCUCGCCCUGGGCUCACCCAACUCUCCAGGCAACCAAACAACUACUCAUGGACCUGAACGGAGAUGAGAAAGUGGACCUUGACUUCUACAUCGACAUCCACGCCCACUCCACCCUGAUGAACGGCUUCAUGUACGGGAACGUGUACGACGAAGAGGACCGCUUCGAGCAGCAGAUGGUCUUCCCUAGGUUACUAGCAACCAACGCAGAAGACUUCUCCUUGGCUAACACCAAUUUCAACAGAGACGCUGUCAAGGCAGGGACAGGCAGGAGAUUCCUAGGUGGCGCUCUUGAUGACAACUGUUCCUGUUACACCCUGGAGGUCUCCUUCUUCAGCUACCUCACCAACUCCUCCAGUGUGCCAGUACCCUACACAGAGGAAGCCUACAUGAAGCUUGGCAGGAACGUUGCCAGGACUUUCCUGGACUUCUACAAACUGGAGCAUCUCAUCAACCCCAAACCCACCCCCGGGCCUCAGUACCCACGUGGGCAGCGCAACUCGUCCGGUCGGGGUAAGGACCGUGAUCGUGAGCGGGGGCGGGACAGUCGGGGGUCCCGAGCAGCGUCGUCCCAGCAGGAAGUGGGCAGCUACGCCGGCAGCGCCAGCGGCAGCAGUCUGGACGCCAUGCCGGUCCACUUCAAAAUGCACCACAGGGACGGCAAGAAGAGAUAGACAAUCCACACAACACCAUAGAGUAUAUUUUUGAUGACUUUUACUUGCCUUAAGUUUGUAGUAGCCUGGAAUGCAUCCUGUUGUAGCUUUGGUUAAUGCCAUUUCUUCUCAACAUUUGCUUCUCAAGUUCAAGUUUACUAAGAGCUAGUCAUUAAGAGCUAGUUUUGUACACAGAGAAGUCAGCCUUUAUGUGUAUUCUGGUGUAUUCCAGUAAAUAGGCAGACCAAAACUAUCAAAAGAGCAUGCAAACAGAGCUAGAAUAGGAUAGAUACCAGGCUGCUAUAGUAUUGUAUGAUGUUCUUACACUGUAUCUACUUAAUUUUAAGCUGAACUGCUACAUGACAACACACUGUAUUAUAUAUGAUGUUGUUUUUUUAGUUCAUUUGACCACUGGUUUGUUUUUAACAUAAUUGUAUUAUACAGUAGUUUUUGCAGCCAGGCUUGUACUAUAUUCUGUGAAAGUAAAAUGUUUAUCGUUAUUUGGUUAUGCUGAAAGCAUUGGUGUAUGUUUUAAAAUUAAAGAAUUUGUUGUUUGUUUCUUCCUUAGAAGUUUUUAAAGCAAGGCUAAUGCAAUAAUGCAAGGAUGUUCACGCACUUUGUACAUGUAACAGAAACAGAAUUACAAAAAAAAGGAUAAGCACU